AUGCAAGACAUUAACAAGAAGUCUCUCAUGUCAGAAAAUCCCUCGGUACAAAAGGAUAUUGGAACCGCUCAUCAUACUCAGCAAGAUAGGGAACAGGUGCAGCGGGUUUCUGUUCGACCCGUAGCUAUAGCGAUUCAAGGCUCAACUUUCUGCGAUCCCCCAGCUCAAAUCCGGCCAACCGAUUUUGACUGGCUACGCGGAUCUAUAAUGCACCCCCCGCAUAAUGAAAAAGAGAGUGCGGUCACUCAUGAUUCUUUGUUUCCCGAUUCUCGCACAAUUUACUGUAUCUGUCAAACCAUUUCCAACGUCAAUAAAGACAUUUCAGAACACCAUUCAUUUAUUCCCGUGCAGAAUUCUAAGUUUUACCUG